AUGCCGGAGCUGGCUGAAUCGAUAAACGCCAUAAAGGAAGGCGCCAAGGAAGAGCCCUUUACCUACCUCACUAUCUUACAGUAUCAUGUCACCUCACCAGAUGUCCUGCCUACCCUCAACGAGGUGCUCGGGUCCAACGGAAAGCUCGCCCAGGAUAUCGGCUGGGACUUGGUGCAGCUGUUACUGGACAUUGAUGGGUCCGAGGCAUGUCUGGAAACGGUAGCCCGUCUGGGCAACCCUCGAGAGGUCAUUAUCAAGGUCAUGGAGGCCCUCGAGGGUUUGAGUGAGACUUCCGUCGAUGAAGCUGCCCUGCUGGCAGACGCAGAUGUUCCCGAGCCUCCCACAAAUGUGACGGGCAAGUUCGUCAUCUUGCUCGGAAUGCUAGCCAUUCUGCAGCGGCGCAUCAAGACAAAGUACCCCUCUAGAUUCCUCGGAUCCUCGCUGGUCAAGGUCUACGAGGCGUAUCAGCCAAAUCCCGAGAUGACGGCUUCAGUGAUAAAUUUGGUCCGAUCCCUAUCGGGUCGCAAGAGGCCGCCUCUGCCCACGAGGAAAUCCAGUGUCAAUGUGGCCAAUCCAGACCAGGAUGGUGACGCCUCCAAGAAUGCACCAGAUCCCGAGGCCGAGCAGGAAGACCCUACCGAGGAGAAAAUGCAGACAAAAUUGCUCCAGUCCUUUGUUACUUGCAUUCUGCAGAAAUAUGUCAAUGAGAACUGGAUGCAGUGGUCAGCCAGACUGCUGGAGCAUUAUCAACCAGAGAAGAAGAUCCCUGGACGCAAAACUAUCAUACAGUCCUACACCGAGGAUGCAGAUCUCCAUGAGAGAGAUGCUGUAGUUGGGCAACUCGUCGCUCUGUCUCGAGACUUGGGCUUGAAAGAGGCCUCGGCCUCCUUUGUGAAGAGCUUGUAUGAAGGGGCCACGGGCUUUGACCCAAUGGCAGCAUAUGAUGACCUCAGUACUGCCGACGAUAUUCACUUGUCGCCUGGUGGCGCUGUGUGUCUUAUUGCCUACUGGCUAUUUUCCGGCGAGGUCUUCCAGGCAGACAGCCCUCAACCCGAGAUGCACAUCUUCCCAGAUCAGCACACGUUGUUGGAACGGUUUCUAGGCGCCGCACCGCAAAGUGAGAUUGAGAACAACCCCGGCAUAGCAGAUGCCCUGUUGGCCAUAAGCUUGGCUCUGUAUCAAAAGGACUUGAUUGCCAAAGGCACCGAGCCUAACAUCAUGGCAUAUCAUCAUCACUUGACUCUUGUUGCCGUAUUUCACCCAGAUCUUCAAGUUCGGAAUGCGGCAACAAACUUUGCCGGCACAAUACUUCACUCAGACCCAGACGACCAGGGCCGGUUAGAGAUUCUGGAGGAUUUGCUGGAGAACUGCGGCUUCGCAUCGCUCAAGGCGUGUGCCGUCACGUGGUUGAAGGAAGAGCUUAUAGAAGCUAAGAAGUCAUCUUCGUCCAAUGUGUUCUCAUCACCAGACAUCAUUGACCGCCUGCAGUACGACAUAUUCCCCGACAGUAUAUCACUGAAGUCACUGUCUGAAGAGCAGCUUCAAGACUUUUGGGUACAAAAUGCCCUCUUCCUCCUCCAAGUUGCAAAUUUUGCCUACUUCCUGUUUGAGGGCAACAAGGACUUGGUGCCGGCUGCAGUAGGUGCAGCUGUCGAGCAAAGAUUUGUGGAUCCUCUGAUCGAAGCUGCAGAGAGGCUGCUCAAGGUUGAGGGUACAGCUGGCCAUGAUUCCAUGGAUUUGACGAUUCUAGUGGAUCGCCUAAAGAGCCUCCCAUCUUGA